GGGGCCUGUGCGCGAAGAUGCUUUCCGCCAUCCCAUCCCAUCCCAUCCCUCUCCGCGUAGUCGCAUCAGCGCAUGCAUAUAUGCCUACGCGUUGUAUCUGAGCUGACGCCUACUAUACCUAUAUACCCAAGGGACGUGAACGACGCGGGGGUGAAUUCUGCUGAUAUACGGGUAUGAAAGGCAUCUGCAUACGUCAGGUAUACAUAUAUAUCGCAUAUUAGUUAAGGAUCUACCCACCUAUACAAACAAUUCUAUCCCAUCCAUCCAUCCUGUCAAUCAUAUCCAUCCCAUGGAUGCCUCCGCAGUGCCUAUUCAUCAUUUACCAGGCGAAAGGCAUUGCCCGCAGAUACGUCGAGCCUGGAAACUACCCGGGUACCCCGUCCCAUCAAUAGAUACAUACGCACAUACGCACACCUGCAUACGGACGCCAAUAAAACGACGCUGACAGAGCUCGAUAAAUGAAUGCGGCAUCAUGUGAUAAGUGGCUGUCUCUGAGUCUGGCCUGCGCUCUGCCUCUUUUUCCAUCCGGAGUGCAACACAGGCAACCUAUCUAUCUAUCAAGCUGCAUGUGUGGUACCAUGGAAACCAGCCAUCCUAUACCUAUAGCACCCAUCCGCGACCCUCUUACUCGAUACAUAACGAGUUGGCGACGGACUUCGAUACGUGCUGAGUCAGAAUACGCUGCUAAUCUAAUCCUCGCCGUCCGAUAUAUCGACGCAAGUGUCAAUUGCGGACUGUGUGGGUAGAUCCUCUUGGUGUAGCAGAGAGACAAGUUCCUGGGCGUGUUUGCAACCGCUCGACUUGCGCUCCCUAAUGCCGCCCGUACCCGAACAUCUUCCAGGAGCUCCCAUCUCGCCCGUCUCUCUCACCGACUGACGCUGCAGUGGCCAUCUGCUGAUCCCGGCUCGCCCAGCUGAAAGAGCGUGGCUCAGUCCCUCUGCCUGCCUACUGUUUUGUCCCGUCGGUCCACAUAUUUCCGACGGGACACACGUACACGUACACGCACACGCACACGUCCUCUUCCUCUACAUAUCUCUCUCCCUCCCCCUAUCGCGCAAUUUGCCUUUCUUUGUCUGCGUUAGAUUAUUUCUCCCACUAACACGAGCCAUGGG